AUGAAUGCAAUGUGUUGCACCUCCAACACAGUUUAUAAGCAUUAUCAACACCUUGCAUCAUAUCGUUUUCCUCCAAUUCCAACUCGGAGGGAAUCUGCUCGAAAUGCGAAGAAAACCGUCUCCAUUCCAUUAUUCUUCGUGAUGAAAACUCAGCUCUGCGUAUCUCUGCUUCUCACACUCUCUCUAUUUCCCACAAAUGCCAAAAAAGCAAAAACAAAAUCAUGCAAAAGAACUGCAUUCAGUCGACAUACAACAAACUAUCAAGCAUGGAGAGAACAAAUGACCGUAUGCGAUCUUCUUCAAGACUACGAUGCCGCAGUUCGACCAUCUGGAAGAACACCUUACAAUGAUACAAGAGGAGCAGUUAUUGUUACAACUAGUUUAAAUAUUCGAUCCAUAUCAGCAGUCUCUGAGAAAAAUAUGGAAUUCGUGGCACAAUUCAGAUUUCGUCAAGAGUGGUAUGACGAUCGACUCCGAUUUAUCGAACAUCAAGGUCUUCUAUCUUCCGACUACCGAAAUUUCGAAUUCAUCCACGUGGCAAGAGACCAAUCACUUUGGAUACCUGACACAUUUUUCCAAAAUGAAAAGAACGGAUGGUACCAUAUGUUGAACCAGGAGAAUCGAUUUUUGAAAAUUCGAUCCGAUGGAAAACUGAUUUACGAUAGAAGACUGACGCUUCAUUUGGCUUGUUCGAUGCAUCUAUCACGUUACCCAAUGGAUCAUCAAAACUGCGAAAUCGCUUUUGCCUCGUAUGCCUACACAACAGCGGAUAUCGAAUAUAUCUGGGAUGUUCCUGCUAUCCAAAUUCACGAAGGAGCAAACGGAGCAUUACCAAAUUUUGAGAUUGCUUCAUUCAAAAAUGGGUCGUGUACUUCCAAAACGAAUACAGGAACGUAUUCUUGUCUAAAAGUGGAAAUUCGUCUAAAUCGAGUGUUUUCCUUUUUCCUCCUCCAACUUUAUAUUCCAUCUUCCAUGCUUGUCGGCGUUGCUUGGGUAUCGUAUUGGAUUGACUGGAAAUCAACAGCUGCACGUGUUCCAUUGGCUAUCGUCACACUUUUGACAAUGAUCACAACUUCUCAUGCAAUCAAUUCAAAUUUGCCUCCAGUCAGUUAUGCUAAAUCUAUCGAUAUUUGGGUUGGAGCAUGUGUCGUAUUCAUUUUCUUCUCAUUAAUCGAGUACGCCGUUGUCAAUUAUAUGGGAAUUUUGGAUGAACACAGACAAAUGAAAAAAGCAGCCUGCAACCGGUCGCGUCUUUCAAAUGUAAUUGAUAAUGAUAACUUUGGUGAAUCGUUGCAAUCAUUAACUUUCAGUCCACAGGAAAAGAAAAGAUUGAUUCGUCGCCGUCCGAAAAAGAACAUGGAAAUGCAAGAAGGCGAUUUUGAAGCAAUCGAAAUGGUAGAUCGUGGACCGCCUCGAAGUGCAGGACUGAUGGAAGAAGGAUGGACAUUUCAUGAUACAACUGAUCUAGUUUACAUUGGACAACGAAAACGGGUCGAACUCGUCCGAUGGUGUAGUGUUCUUUCAUCAAGAGGACGAGCCGAGAGAAUCGAUAUCAUUGCCAGAAUAAUCUUUCCCAUAGCAUUCAUUCUUUUCAACUUUGCAUAUUGGAGUAUCUACCUCGAAGAGGAGGAUCUAGACGAGUCAUAA